AUGGGUUUCUUUCAAAAUUGGGCCGAGAGCUUCAAGCCGGCCGAAACUGAGGGCUUCGGCAAGGAGCCUGCCUAUGGCGGCGACUUCCUCGAGGCCGGUGACCAGAAGCCCGAGGUGUUGGGCGACGAGGAGUUUGCCAAUGCCACGACGGCCGUCCAGACGGCUGACGGUACCAUUGCCUAUGUGCCCGAGAAGACGCCGCUGAAGCGUCGCCUGGAUGGCCGUCACAUCCAGUUCAUCGCGCUGGGUGGUGGUAUCGGUACCGGUCUGUUUAUCGGUUCAGCUUCUGCGCUCUCGACGGCUGGUCCUGCUUUCCUGAUCGUCGAUUUCAUUAUCAUGGGUUUCAUGCUUGUCUGUGUCAUUUUUGCUCUGGGUGAACUCGCUGCUACUCUUCCCGUCUCUGGUGCCUUCUCUACGUAUGCUUCCCGCUUUGUCGAUCCUGCCUGGGGCUUUGCCAUGGGCUGGAACUACUACCUCCAGUGGCUCAUUGUGACGCCGCUCGAGUUUACUGCCGCUGCCAUUGUCAUUGGUUUCUGGGAUCCGAAUCAAGUCGUACCAGUGGGGAUUUGGCUAAUGAUCUUUAUUAUUGUCAUUACCACCAUCAAUUUCUUCGGCGUACGAGGCUAUGCAGAGUUCGAAUUCGCUGCAACCUUCAUCAAAGUCAUCACAGUCAUCGGCUUGAUCAUUACCUUGAUCGUGAUUGACUGCGGUGGUGUGAUUGGCGGACCGAGCUACAUGGGUGCGCACACUUGGCACGACCCUGGACCGAUCAACAACGGCUUCAAGGGUCUCUGCACUGUGUUCACGACGGCUGCCUUUGCCUUCUCUGGCUCCGAGCUGGUGGGUCUCGCUGCGGCCGAGACCAAGGAGCCCCGCAAGGUGCUGCCCAAGGCCUGCAAGCAGAUCGUGUUCCGCAUUAUCAUGUUCUACGUCCUGUCGCUCUUCCUCGUCUCGCUCAUUGUGCCUUACAACGACGAGAGGCUGUCGAGUGACCACGACUACGACCCUCGCACCUCGCCUUUCGUGAUUGCGAUGGAGAUCGGACGUAUCAAGGUGCUUCCCCACAUUAUCAACGCUGUGAUUAUCGUCUCGACGCUCUCGGUAGCCAACUCGGCGGUGUACGCCGGUAGCCGCACGCUGCUUGCGCUUGCUGAGCAGGGCCUCGCCCCCAAGAUGUUCAAGUACGUCGACCGGGAGGGUCGCCCGCUGCCGGCUGUCGGUGUCUCGCUGAUAUUUGGUCUGCUUGCCUUCCUGAUCUACUCGGCGGAGGAGGGCACCGUCUUCAGCUGGAUGCUCCAGAUCUCGGGUCUUGCCGCGAUUUUCACCUGGGGCUCGAUCUGCUUCUGCCAUAUCCGCUUCCGUUCGGCGUGGACAAAGCAGGGAUACACGCUCCGCGAGCUGCCAUGGGCCUCGCCGCUCGGCGUGUACGGCUCAAUGGCCGGUCUUUUCCUCAACAUCCUGGUCAUUAUUGCCAACAUCUACAUCGGCGCAUUCCCGCCGGAAGAGGGUACUUACUCGCCGCGUAUGCGCGCCUACGAGUUCUUCAAUGCCAACAUCUCGCUUGUCAUUCUCCUGACCUUCCUCAUCCUCUACAAGCUGAUCAAGCGCUCCAAGUUUGUCCGCCUCGAAGACAUGGACAUCCACACCGGCCGUCGUGACCCCGUCAGCGAAGAGGUGCUAGAGCAGGAGCGCGCCGAGGCGAGGGCUCGUCCGAUGUGGAAGAAGAUCAUCACCUCUGUUUUCUAA